CAGGUAAUAGGUAAAAGAAAAUGAAAAUUUACCUGUUAAUUUGAUUCUUUAUUUUGUUUUUUGUUUUUCUCUUUUUAUUUUCUUAAUUCAGUGUUAAUCAUGUUCGAGAAGGAAACUAAUCAAAUAAUCAGAAUUUAAUACAAUUAAGAAGAAAAAGUUCCAUUCUGACCCAAGUUAAUGGAGAAAUGGUUGUUCACUUAAACUUUUAUUUCCCUUUAAUCAGUAACAAUUUAAACUUCAAUCAUCCUUAUUAACUUUCCCAAUUACAAUUGUUGAUUGUCAUUUGAUUGUUAAACUUUUCAUUUCAAUCUCAUUUCUCAUUGUCAACUUGAUCAUAUUAGAUUAAUGAUAAUCUCACCUUUGGAUUAGAAUUGUAUUAAUUUUUUUCAAUCAUCUUAAUCUUGUGUUAAUUGUGGUGAAAAUUAAGUGAUUUUGUUUUGCUUUCGUAUCUCUGGUUAUGAUCAUCAAUUGAUUUGAUUUUGUGUUUACCCUGUGAUUUAAAUUGUUAUUAACUGGAUCACCAUGAAAGAUGAUGAACCAUCACCAGAAAUUAAGGAUAAAGUGAUUAAAAGAUAUCAACAAUUAGUUGAUGAGGGUUCAUAUGAAGUUGGUGUUUCUCCUGAUAUUGACCCGAGUGAACCUCCAUCUUGGUUUGAUAAUGAUAAAUUCAAACAAUCACAAUCAACUGCCGCCAAAUAUUUUCCCAGUUUGAGUUACGCUUCAUUUUCUGGACUUUUGAUCGGCAUUCAGAUUCCACUUUUCCUUGAACCUUUACUAUUGACUGGAACUCACGAAACAAUACCAAAGUUAUUUCGUCGAUAUUUGGACACUGUCCUUAAAGUUCAUACUUGGUACAAUACUGAUCCAUUCGAAGUGGGAAGUAAAUCGUACCAAUCGCUGCGACAUGUAAGACGAAUGCACAAUCAUGUUACCAAAAUGAUGAACGAUCGAACAGGUCGAAUCGAUGGCAAAGAUAAACUUUGGGUCUCCCAAUGUCAAAUGGCGAUGACACAGGCCGGGUUUUUCGGCCUCCUUGUCCUGGUUCCAAGUAAAUGUUUCGCACACGUAAGUGAUAGUGAACUUGAGGAUAUCAUUUACCUGUGGCGGGUAUUAGGUUAUCUUAAUGGAAUCCAAGACAAGUAUAAUCUUUGCUCAGGUGAUCUGGACGAGACUCGUUUCUAUCUUAAAUAUAUCUUUACCUCGUUCGUGAUUCCACAAAUAGUACCUAAGCCUGAACAUCCCUACCCAAUUGGCCUGGAAGUGGCCAAAGGUAUUGCCAAUUCCCUUCGACCCAUUAGACCUGCUAUUCGUUGGCAGACAAUCCUCUGCUAUUGGUAUGAGAUUCUUAACAUACCCUUCCCUUAUAAAUUGACCAUUGGCCAUCGAUUGUUACUCGCAUUUUCCAAGUUUUCAUUCACUUUUCUAUUUCGAUUUCGAUUUAUGUACAAUAUGUUCAAUCGAGCGCUAAAACGUCGUGUCCAUCGAGCUGAACAAUUUAAGACCAACAUUGAGGCUUCUUUAGCUAAAAAAUAUCCUGACUCCAAGUACUCACCUGGUUGUCCGUAUAAAAUUAGCCUUGAUUGGAUUUCGUCAAAACCUUUGAUUCCAUCGGACAUUCAACGAGAUAUUAAUGAUAACGAUACUCGAUUAAAUGUUUCAUCUUAAUUUAAUUUAAUUGUAAAAAACGAAAGGAAAUUAAACUGUCCAUACAAUUGGUUCACUUUUUUUUGUAUAAAAUAAGAUUAAGUUUAAUUAUUUCACUUAAUCAAACUAAAAUUUACAAUUAUUUUGGUCAGUCGACCAACAAUUAUUAAGAUGAUCAUUAUUAUCAUGAUGAUGGUCAAAGCUAAUCAUUUCAGAUCAUUAAAAUGGAAUAGGAGAAACUUUAAAUUGUUAAUCGUUUCAAAAGUCAUCACCUUCCAGCUGUAAUAGUUUUGUUUUGCUUACAAUUGAUCAUUUCUUACCUUGAUUGUUGUUUUCUACUGAUAAUUAACCCACAACAAGGAUAAUGUAAUCAUCCAUUGAAAAUUAGGAUACAAGAGUUCAAUGAAACAAUUAACAUAAAUGUUAUUUAGCUAAACCUCAUUAGAUUAUUAAGAAUCAACUGUUGAAAUAAUUCCAUUAAGAUUCCAGGAUUCCAUUAUGAUAAUCUAAAACCCCUGUAAUCAUCAUCUACAGGGCAAUUCAGCUACUUUGUUGGUUUUCUUUUCACAAUUAAUCAAAAACUAAUUGACCGAUAGAGUCCAUAUUUCGUCUAUGGAAGUUUGACCGAUACUCAAUUGUCACAUUUCAAGGUCAAGGUCAUAAAGGUUAUUCAUGAUAGAACGCAUUUGAAGGUCAUUUGAAGAACUUUUUGAAAACUAGAAAUUUUUUAAGUCAAGUAUUAGUAGUCAAUUUGAUUAAUCGUGAACAGAAAGCCAGCAAAGUAGCUGAAUUGCCCUGUAUUUGAAUGACAUUAAUUGGUUUCAUUCAAUUGUCCAGAUCCUUUUGCAUUCUUGCCAAUAUUGUAUCAUAAUUUGCAUCCGAAUUGCAUCCAUCUUCAAAAGCUUUUCCAAUUUAUAAAGAGUAGCGAUUGGUUAGGUUAGAUUAGGUUAGGUAACAUUUUUUUUCUGUUUCAAAGUUAAAUCCAUCUAACAUUCUAUCAAAUCCUUCAAAAAUGACCUUCUAUCCAUUUUACGAAAUAGAUUUAAUGAAUUAAUGCGAGCUAACGGAACAAAAAAUCUUAAUUCACAAGUUGGUAAACAAUGUUACUAUACAUAAAGUUUCGUCAUAAACAUCAAUCAUUUCUACUCAAUUUCCAUCUAUUAUUGAUUUUUCUGUCUCUAAAUUUUCUCUCGUUCUUUCAUAAGUAACCUUUAUGACCUUGAAAUAUUACAAUUGAUUUUUCUGUCUCUAAAUUUUCAAUUGUUUUUUCAACAGGAAAAGUUGUGAAAGAAGGUGAAGUGAUCGAAUCUAAAUCAAUGGAAGUUCCUGAAAAAUCA